AUGACUUUGUAUAAUAAUUACAAUACUAACGAUGGAGUGAUCGAUAACAACAACGACAGCAACAACAACAGUGGCAGAAACGGUAUCGAAUUUACGACAGUUGCCGCGGCGGGCAAUUCAACGCGACCAUCAUGUUCCAGUAUUAGUGUCAUGGUUGAAAGUGGUUUGAAAUGGAAAACGAAUGUGGUACCAGGUUGUACCACUUCUUCAGCUGUUACGUUACCCAGACGGGAUUUCCAUUUCAAGAAUAGCUAG